UGACCGCAGUGAGGGAGCAGGGUGCCAACAGGAGCCACAGAGGCGCAAAACGCAAACAGGACAAAGUCUGACAUUUGCGCUGCGACCAGGGGCCACCGCAGAGGACAGAAUGCGCCUUUUCUUUUUUCUUGUGUGGAUUACGAUUUCUUUUCGUCCAACUCCUCUCCAGACUGGUUCCAUCACUCCGUCAGAACUGCGCUUCACUGGAAUGUGCGCUGCAGCCUCUCCGUGACGCGUCUAAAGAGCAAGACAGCGGAGCCAGAACAGAGGGGGAAAAAUAAUGUGCAGUCAUUAAAACUGCUUUCAAACCUCCAAAAAUGCCUCUCUGUUGAUGGGACACAUUCCUUCGCACGCCUCGCUCGUUUCUGGAGACUUUUACGCAUUUUGGAGACUUUUUCUCCCGACUGAAAUGGCUGAUGAAAAUUGAUAUUUUAUCCGUUCACAGAGGAUAAUACGCUUUAUAAUCUUUUUUAUUUUUAUUUUUUACCCAAGUGCACUUUUUUCCCGGCGAUGAUUGUGCUUUUGAUUGUCCUGUGCAUCACCGAUGGAGUGCUCUCUCAGAUUCGCUACUCUGUGCCGGAGGAGGCGGACCAUGGCACCUUGGUGGGGAAUAUCGCCGAGGACCUGGGACUGGACCUUACCAAACUGGCCUCCCGCCGCUUCCAGGUGGUGCCCAGCUCUCGGACACCGUACCUGGAGGUGAACCUGGAGAACGGCGUCCUGUUCGUUAACGAGAAGAUCGACCGGGAGCAGAUCUGCAAGCAGAGCCCCAGCUGCCAGCUCAACAUGGAAGUGUUCUUGGAGAACCCGCUGGAGCUGUUUCGGGUCGAGAUCGAGGUGGUGGACAUUAACGACAACCCGCCCAGCUUCCCGGAGACAGACAUCACGGUGGAGAUCUCGGAGAGCGCCACUCCGGGCACCCGUUUCCCCCUGGAGAGCGCGUUCGACCCGGACGUUGGCUCUAACGCUUUACGCACGUAUGAUAUCACCACAAAUAACUACUUUUAUCUGGACGUGCAGACCCAGACGGACGGGAACAAGUUCGCGGAGCUGGUCCUGGAGAAACCGCUGGAUAGGGAGCAGCAGGCGGCGCACAGGUACGUACUGACCGCGGUGGACGGCGGUCAGCCUCCCCGGACUGGCACCGCGUUGCUGGUGGUCAAAGUGCUGGACUCUAAUGAUAAUGUGCCGGUGUUUGACCAGCCCGUUUACACGGUGAGCCUCUCGGAGAACGCGCCGGUGGGCACGCUGGUCCUACAGCUGAACGCCACUGACCUGGACGAGGGAUUAAACGGGGAGAUAGUUUACUCCUUCAGCAACCACAUCUCCAACCGCGUAAAGGACCUGUUCAGCAUAGACCCGCGCACCGGGCGCAUCGAGGUGCGCGGAGAGGUGGAUUUCGAGGAGAGCAGCCUGUAUCAGAUCUUCGUGCAGGCCAAGGAUAUGGGACCAAACGCGGUGCCAGCGCACUGCAAAGUGCUGGUCAAAGUCAACGACGUGAACGACAACGCGCCCGAGAUCACCUUCAGCACCGUCACCGAGUCAGUGAGCGAAAAGGCGGCUCCCGGCACCGUCAUCGCGCUGCUGAGUGUGACGGAUAAGGACGCAGAGGAAAACGGACAGAUCCACGUGGAAAUCCUCGGUGAAGUCCCGUUCAAAUUAAAAUCUUCCUUCAGGAAUUAUUUCACCAUAGUGACCGACGGCCCGCUGAACCGGGAGCUGGCGGACCACUACUCCGUGACUGUGGUGGCGCGGGAUAAAGGGACGCCGUCACUGGCCACUAGUAAGUCCAUCCGAGUCCAGGUGUCAGACGAAAACGACAACGCGCCCACUUUUACGCAGCCCAUAUAUGAUGUGUAUGUGACAGAGAACAACGUGCCAGGGGCGUACAUACACGCUGUAACGGCUCAGGACCCGGACAUCGGCCAGAACUCGCUCAUCAGUUACUCCAUAUUAGAGUGUGACAUCCAGGGCAUGUCUGUCAAAACCUAUGUGUCCAUCAACGAGGAGACCGGCUAUCUGUAUGCGCUCAGGUCCUUUGAUUAUGAGCAGCUGAAGGAUUUCACAUUCAUGGUUCAGGCCAGAGACGCGGGCACCCCAGAGCUCUCCUCCAAUGCCACAGUCAAAGUCAUCAUUGUGGACCAGAAUGACAAUCCCCCCCUAGUGCUGUCCCCCCUGGGGAAGAAUGGCACAGCCAAGGAGCCCCUGCCCCGCUCAGCUGAGCCGGGCUACCUGGUAACCCGCAUUGUUGCUAUGGACGCGGAUGAUGGUGAGAAUGCCCGGCUGUCCUACAGCAUCCAGAGGGGGAACGAGAACGGCAUGUUCAGGAUGGACUGGAGGACAGGUGAGCUCCGGACAGCGAGGCGAGUGUCGCCCAAGAGAGACCCCCACCAGCUGUACGACCUGCUUAUUGAGGUGAGAGACCACGGCCAGCCGCCGCUGUCGUCCAGUGCCAGCAUUCUGGUGAUGCUGGUAGACAGUGUGGCUGAAGGCCGUGGUGGUGGGGACCGGGGAGGCACUGCCAAGGCCAAAGAUGGCACCCUGGACCUCACCCUCAUCCUCAUAAUUGCCCUGGGCUCCGUCUCCUUCAUCUUCCUCCUGGUUAUGAUCGUGCUGGCUGUGCGCUGCCAGAAGGACAAAAAGCUCAACAUAUACACCUGCCUGACCAGCGAGUGCUGCCUGGGCUGCAGCUCCUGCUGCUCACGGCAGGGAAGGGCCCGCAAGAAAAAGCUCAGCAAGUCGGAUAUCAUGCUGGUGCAAAGCGCCGGCAACGUCAGCGGAGCCGGUACGGCUCAAGUCCCCGUGGAGGAGUCAGGGAGCUUCGGCUCCCACCACCAAAACCAGAACUAUUGCUACCAGGUAUGUCUGACUCCAGAGUCUGCCAAAACCGACCUCAUGUUCCUAAAGCCGUGUAGUCCAUCUAGGAGCACAGACACCGAUCACAACCCGUGCGGGGCCAUAGUGACAGGGUACACAGACCAGCAGCCUGACAUCAUAUCAAACGGCAGCAUUUUAUCAAACGAGGUGCUCGAGCGCCAGGCACUGAAAACUGCCCCCAUUCUCUUGCAGACCAAACACCAGCGAGCUGAGCUCAGCUACCUGGUCGACAGGCCAAGACGCGUCAACAGUUCAGCAUUCCAGGAGGCGGACAUGGUCAGCUCCAAAGACAGCGGCCAUGGAGACAGUGAGCAGGGGGACAGCGACCACGACGCCACCAACCGAGGCAAUUCCUCCGGCACCGAUCUGUUCUCUAACUGCACAGAGGAGUGUAAGGCCCUGGGCCACUCUGAUCGCUGCUGGAUGCCGAGCUUUGUGCCCUCCGACGGGCGCCAGGGCCCGGACUACCGCAGCAACCUCCACGUGCCCGGCAUGGACUCGGUCUCGGACACAGAGGUAUUUGAAAGCCCAGAGCAAACGGCCGAUAAGUCAUUCUCCACCUUUGGCAAAGAGAGUCUCAGUCACCAACACUUCCACCACCACCACCACCUUCUCAAAAACCAUCACCUCAGCCACCACCAGGGCUCCCUAGAGAGGAAAGAGUUGGAGGCAUUUCUGCCUAGCUCCAGAGCACCUUAUAACCCGGCUUAUUUAACGAGGAAAAGGGUUUGCUAGCUCCUUCCGCGUGGACAUACCAGAGACUGCGUGACUUUGCACAAUCACUCCUCGACAACCAAGGCUAUAAAAACAAAAAAAGAAGCAUCAAGUUUUUAACCUUUAUUGCCCUCCCUGCCCUCUUCCCUCCUCACCCAGCCUGAAAUUCAAAAUUAAAACACACCCAACUACACGCAAAACUGAGGAAUGACCCCCUCGAGGAGCUUUCUGGAAUUCCUUGGAGCACUGCCGGGCUUUGGAGACACCCCACUCUUGGGAUUAGGAGAGCGUGGGGGGGUUGGGAGAUGAGUGCAGGCAGGUAGAUGGAUAGCCUUACCGGAAGGGACCCCAUUGUCUCAGCAGGACUGAGAAACUAACAAGAGGAGGAGGAAGAACACUAGCGACAGAGAGAUGAAACUGGACACUGAUCUCUCGCCCUUUUUCCAAUCUGCGUGUGCCUGUUUACAGCACUGAUGUAUACAUCUCUGAGGAAAUUAAACCUGACGCAGACUAUAUAUGUGUACUGAAAGACAAAUGGAGAGCCACCUGGAGGAACCGCCACUGAGCCCUUUAGGCGUUUGUACUCGCAGAGAGACGCCAAAUUGUACAGGAGAAUCUUUGUGCAUUUCAAAAUGCAAUACCACUGUUUUAGAUUUUUCUAUUCUGUUUGUGUGGUCAGGUGUCUCUAUUCCGAUCUACUUCAAACUUUGUAAGAAAAGAUUGUGGGCAGGAUAUUUUUUAAUUUUUCUGUUUUAUUUUGUUUUUUCAGUUUUUGUUCUUUUUGUUCGACUUUGGGUUUGGUCGGUUCACCUUAUCGUGGGCUUAGACAGUGUUUUGCCCGCAAUUUUCUGAUUCUGAGGGAUCAAGUAGUUUCUAUCAUGUGUGAGAAGUGUUUACUGUACUCUUUUAAAAAGUUUCAAGCUGAAUAUAAAACUCUAUAUAUAAAUCUAUCUAUAUCUACUUGUUCUGAAGGCGUGCCAUCCGUUUGCUGGGUUCCACAUUCUGAUUCAGAGGUUUGACUCUUAUUUAAGUGCCCCUGAAGAAGGCUUUUUGUUUUUCCCAUUGGGGAGACGUAAAGAGAGACAGAACAGCCUUAGCAGAUGUAAAACUCAAGUUCUCAUUGUUUGACAUUAUUUAAUUUUUUUCUCUCUCCACUUUUGGAUAUCGAUAAAGAUCAUGUCUAUAAAUAAAAAGGAGGUAAUAAUUUAGGUUAAAAUCCAUGGUAAUUAUGUGUCAUUGUAACCAAAACGUUAAGGGUCCAUUUAUAAAGAACAAAAACAUGACCAAAUGCAAAAGGUGUUGUACACAAUGCGGUGGCAUCCAGUAUACACACAUUACUUUCUCACACGUUACAAACACACCAAUAUGCCAACAAUAAACUGAAAA